AUGGCCUCAUGGACUCAUCCCAUGGAAAAAUUAAACAACGUAACUGAAUUCAUUUUCUGGGGUCUUUCUCAGAACCCAGAGAUUGAAGAAAUUUGCUUUGUGAUAUUUUUAUUUUUCUACCUGGUCAUUCUCCUGGGAAACUUCCUUAUCAUGGUGACAGUUUGCCAAGGAAACCUGUUUAAGACUCCUAUGUAUUUCUUCCUCAACUUCUUGUCUUUUGUGGACAUUUGUUACUCUUCAGUUACAGCACCCAAGAUGAUCAUGGACCUGUUAGCAAAGAACAAAUCUAUCUCUUAUGCGGGGUGUAUGUUGCAAGUCUUUGGGGUACACUUCUUUGGGUGCACUGAGAUCUUCAUCCUCACUGUCAUGGCCUAUGAUCGAUACGUGGCCAUCUGCAAACCUCUACACUACAUGACCAUCAUGGGCCGGGAGAAAUGUAAUAAAAUGUUGCUGGGGACAUGGGUGGGUGGAUUUCUACACUCCAUUAUCCAAGUGGCUCUGGUAGUUCAACUCCCCUUCUGUGGACCCAAUGAGAUUGAUCACUAUUUUUGUGAUGUUCACCCUGUGCUGAAACUUGCCUGCGCAGAUACCUACAUUGUCAGCGCUGUUGUGACAGCAAACAGUGGUACCAUCGCUCUGGGGAGUUUUGUCAUCUUGCUCAUCUCCUAUAGCAUCAUCCUGGUGUCCCUGUGGAAGCAGUCGGCAGAAGGCAGACGCAAAGCCCUCUCCACUUGCGGCUCCCACAUUGCAGUGGUCAUCAUCUUUUUUGGUCCGUGUACUUUCAUGUACAUGCGGCCCGACACCACCUUCUCUGAGGAUAAGAUGGUGGCCGUGUUCUACACCAUCGUCACUCCCAUGUUGAAUCCCCUCAUUUAUACCUUGAGAAAUGCAGAAGUGAAGAAUGCAAUGAGAAAGCUGUGGAGCAGGAAGGCUUUCUGGGAGGCCAGUGGCAAAUAG